AUGGAUAACUUUAAAAUUAUAUAUGCAUCUAUAAUACGUUUCAAUGAUAAGAUACCCAUUUUUACAUAUCAUGUCAAAGUUGAUUCACAUUUAAGAAUUGAGCUAGUUAAAAGCUUAAACAUAUAUUUUCGGUCUACGUCCAUUGCGGCUUUUCCUGGAGGAACACAUGUUGUUCCGUUUGACUAUGGAAUUAUAUAUUCAUUGUACAAUAAAAACCUCACCUUGAUUUAUAUUAUUAUAACACAGAAACAAUAUAUAGAGAAUAAAUAUGCAUUUUUAUUCUUACAAGAAUGCAUGAACGAAUUAGAAAAAAAAAUAGAUCUUACAAAUUUGAUGAGAUUACCAAAAAAUAAAUAUUCAAGAACCUUUACACAAUAUUAUCAACAGUUAAUUAAAAAAUAUAAUGCUGAAGUAUGUUAUCCUAUUGAGAGGAUAGAUAAAAAAAUAAUUCGUAUUCUAUCAACCGUAUGUCAGGGUAUACAAACUACAAUCAAAAAUAAACAGGGGUUAAAAAAAUUAGAAAGUCGAAUGAAUAGUUUAAGCUUCAAUGCAAGGCUGGUUAGUUAUAUAUUAAUAAUAUAA